AUGAAAAUUGGAUUCAUUGGAGCAGGAAAAAUGGCCCAGGCGCUCGCUAGAGGCCUAAUAAACUCAGGACGAAUCACAGCCGAAAAUAUAAUUGCCAGUUCACCAAAAAGUGAUUUUGCCCUUUUGGAACAAUGCAAACAUCUCGGAUUGAACACAACUUACGAUAAUUCGGAAGUGGUGCAGAAGAGCGAUGUCAUCUUUCUGGCUGUCAAGCCAGUUCAUGUUACAAAGGUCACAUCUGAAAUUGCUCCAGCCUUGAGCAGAGAACAGCUUGUAGUCUCGAUUGCUCUUGGAAUAACAAUCAGAAAUAUAGAAUCGCUUCUCCCAUCCAAGUCGCGUGUUGUACGUGUAAUGCCAAAUACCCCAGCUGUAGUACGUGCAGGAGCUUCGGCAUUCGCUAUGGGAUCGGCUUGCAGAGAUGGAGAUUCGGAUACCGUUAAAGACCUAUUAAGUACAGUUGGAUAUGCGGUUGAAGUUCCAGAAGUUCUCGUUGAUCCAGUGACUGGACUGUCAGGAUCUGGACCGAGUUAUAUGUUUGCUGCGAUUGAAGGAUUAGCUGAUGGUGGAGUGAAAGUCGGACUUCCCCGUGAUUUGGCUCUUAAACUUGCUGCUCAUACACUUUAUGGUGCUGCCAAGAUGGUACUUGAAACUGGAAUUCACCCAGCCCAAUUGAAAGACGAUGUUCAAAGCCCAGCCGGAUCUUCAGUAUAUGGAAUGCAUAAAUUGGAGUCUGGAGGGUUGAAGGGAAUUCUCAUGGAUGCGGUUGAAGCAGCAACAAACCGCUCGCGCGCCACAGGUGACAAGGCGCUUCCGCGCGAUUUCCGUAACGGCGAAAUGUGA